UGGCCGAAUUGCACUGUUUCUCUAGUGACGCCGGCCACGGACGCCUAGUUCAUUUUUCCAUUACCAUUCUGUGUUUCAAUUCGGAAGUCGGUUUUACCAUUCUCUGUUUGUAAAUACAUUUAAACAGAAGAAAGUAAAGAAAUUAAUAAUAUUCCUGUCUACAAACAUUUAGAAAAGUCUAAUCAACACUGAGUGUUUAGAAAAGAUUUCAAGAAUAAAAGGAAAGUUACCAUUUGUCAAGAACAUCCAAUUCGUUCCAUCCACUGCCAUGCUGGUUCUUUCCUAUUGGAGUAUUUCAUUCCUUGUUUUACCUCAUUUCCUUUAUACCCAGGCCAGAAAAUGGGAUGUACAAGUUUGUUUCACUGAGGUACAUAGUAAUCCAGUUCACGUUACUUUGAACAAGGAUAAAUAUAAAAACAUACCAUGUGCAAAUAUGGAGGACUGCUGCAAAACUGAAAUUAACUUGGAUAACGAAACAAGACCACAAGUUAUUAAAGUUGGUCCGUCUUUUGAGUUCAAGGCAAUUGUCCAAAAUCAGGAUCUUCAGGAAGUGUAUGGUGUUCUGUGCCAAACACCAUGCAGCGGAUCUGAAUUGACAUUAGCAAAUUGGACACACUGGACCAUUGAAGUUAAACGUGAGAAGGCAUAUGGCAAUUAUGAGCUUUUUUUAGAGUUAGCACCUUAUGUUAAAAUAAGAGUACCAUUUAGAGAAAAUUCUAAAACAUCAAAAAAAUCAUUCUUUCUACCUAUGGAAACAUAUACACCAUUAAAAAUAAAGUUAUUGACAAAAGGAAAAUUUAAUCUGGACACAGAUAUCAAACUGAAGAAUAUGAAAACUUCCGAAACGUAUUCCUGUAUUUAUCUUCAUACUCCAUUUUCUCACCUUUCUUACCAUGAAUGUUUAUUGGUAAAUGCUUCGAUGUGGAAAGUAGAAUUAACCUCACAACCCAGACAAAUAAGUAAGAUAAUGUUAAUAAAGGUAACUCUUGGAGUGUAUGGCAGUGGAAGAUAUUCUUCACAUCAUGUAAUAUUAAGAAAGCUAGCGUACAUUCCCACAUUAGCUGGUUUUACCAAUAUUGGAAAUAUAAGAACAAAUAAGGCUGAUAUAUACUUCAAUGACACCAACAACGCUUUUGACAUUCUCAAACUUGCCCUGACAAGUAUACUUACUGGAGAAGAAUAUGGUUGUACUAACCUAUACAAGACAGUCUCAGCUAAAUAUUCAUGCAAACUACUGCAAAGUAAAAAUUGGUAUCUGAGAAUUAGUUCUCCUGAAGAACAUGAGCAAACUUUCGCUGUAGAAAUAAUUCAAGACACACUAUCUUCUUUCUCUAAAGGUUUAAUUUGGCGAAAUCACUGUGAACAUAAAUCUAACUGUGUUGAUAAUUUCCAUUUGAAGACGUAUGAAGAUGAUAAAGUAACAGGCUUAAAACUGCAUUUUAUGGAUAAACCUUUCAAAAUCAAUGAAAUAAGUUUGAAGCAUGGUGAGUCAGUGUAUAAAUUCAAAGCAACAAAAGAAAGCGGAACUGAGAAUCACAUGGUGAUAGAAUUUAGUCUAAUAACAGAAGUUAUUGGCCUACUUGUUGUCAUCAUAUUAGUCUUGAUCGCCACCAUCGUCAUGUGCUGUAUCAGGUAA